AUGAAUCCAUCAUGUGUGGUUUACGUGGGUAAUAUUCCUUAUGAGAUGGCUGAAGAACAGGUCACUGACAUCUUUAGACAAAGUGGCCCUGUAAAGUCUUUUCAUCUUGUCAUUGACCCAGAAUCUGGGCAGCCCAAAGGCUAUGGUUUUUGCGAAUACCAUGAUACUGCUACUGCGGCUUCUGCAGUCCGGAAUCUAAACAAUUAUGAUGCAGGCACGAGGCGAUUACGCGUUGACUUUCCUACAGCAGACCAAAUUCGCCGACUAGACAAAUUGGUUGGACCUCCUUCGUAUGGACAAUACUCACAGCCUUAUUCUAUGCCUUCCUAUGGCUAUAAUCCUCCUUAUAAUUCUUACCCACCGGCUAACCCAAACUAUGGUUAUUCUGCUUACCCUCCAGCUCCGAAUUACUUUCGAGGAACGCCAUCUCAGUCCACGGGAGUGUUUGGCAACGAAGAUAUUUAUCGCACGUUAACCCAAUUAGCUCCUAAUGAAUUAGAUUAUAUGCUGUCUGCUGUCAAGGCUUUAUGUUUAGAAGCCCCUGCUCAAGCAGAACAGUUGCUGGCUGCUAACCCUCAGCUCAGUUAUGCCGUGUUUCAAUCUAUGGUUAUGAAACAAUACAUUCCUGAAUCAUCGAUUGGCGAUUUGCUAGUACCUCCCACCAGUGCUAAACCGCCUUCAACAGAUAUAGCGGCUCGCAGUUUUGCUAGUCCCCUAAUGGCCCCUACAUCGGGCUCUCCUUAUGGUUCAAUUCCUCCCCGAUCAUCAGAGUCCUUUGCGAGACCAUAUUCUUCAUAUAUGGGACCAUAUGCAAAACAGCCCAGCCCAUACGUUGGAAUGCCAACUGCACCAGCUGUAACCUCAAGAGGCUCUACGCCAGCCUCUGUUCCUUUGUCUCCUAUGCGCGGGUAUGCUUUCCCCUCCAAUACUGGUGCACACCCUCCCACUGCAGUUGGCAACGGUAUACGACCUAUGUCUAUAUCAGCUCCCGCAGUAGCUGCGCGAAGCCCUUCUAUUCCAAUAUCAAACACUACAAGUCAGAGUAACGCUACUGCUACACAAAAUGAAGAAGCUACUAAAGCCGCUUUAAUAGCACAACUAAUGGCUUUAACAGAUGAACAAAUAAGUGUAUUACCACAGGAACAAAAAGAAAAGAUCAUUGAAAUUAGAAAGGCGGUAUCUGGAAAAUGA